CACAUAUAUAUUAUGCUUUGACAAGAAAGCUUAGAUCUUUAUUGCUCCUCACUUCCUCUUUAAUCUUUAGCGUCUAGUUUCUCAUUUAGUUUUUGGUCCAGAAGAAGAAUUAGAAACAGAGAAGCCCAAGAAUGGUCUGAAAAGGUGUUUGCAUGGCAAGUCAAGGAAUUGGAGAGACUGGUUUAACAAACUCAGGACCAUCAAAUCACCAUAAUAUGCCUUAUGCAGUUUUUAGGGGGCUAACUCCUGCUACCACAAGCUUCAUGUAUCAUUCUACUCCCAAUAAUCAAGAAGGUUCUUUUGAUUUUGGAGAGCUAGAAGAAGCUUUUGCACUACAAGGAUUUAAGAUCAAUAACGAUGAAGCUAAAGCAUCUUUAUAUGCAGUUUCCACAGGGAAGCCUGCUGCAACUCUGGAUAUGUUUCCUUCUUGGCCUAUGAGAUUCCAAGAUACCCUAAAAGAAAAUUCAAAAUCAAGAGAAGAAGAUAUCAGUACUGAUUCAGGUUCAUUUUCAAGUAGAGCUCAAGCCCAUUUGGAACCAGAAUCUCCUAUCAGUACAAAAGCAUCCUCGGAACAAAAUCAACUUCAGUUAACACAACAACAGCAGCAGCAGCUUCAUCAACAGAUGUCAAGUGAUAAUAAUCCAAGAACUGGAAAUUUACAAACUGAAUUAGCUUCCAAGCCCAACAAUAUGGAAAAGAGAAAGGGUGCUGGUUCAACCUCAGAGAGGAUGGCUGAUCCUAAGACAUUGAGACGUUUAGCACAAAAUAGAGAAGCAGCAAAGAAAAGCAGGCUAAGAAAAAAGGCUUAUGUACAACAGUUAGAAACAAGCAGGAUAAGACUUUCUCAGCUAGAGCAAGAACUUCAACGGGCUAGAUCUCAGGGGAUUUUCUUGGGAGGAGGUACUGCUGCUGGUGCCAACAUCAGCUCUGGUGCUGCAUUAUUUGACAUGGAAUACUCAAGGUGGUUGGAUGAUGAUCACAGGCACAUGUCCGAGCUCCGAACUGCAUUACAAGCACAUUUAUCAGAUGGUGAUCUUAGGUUAAUAGUUGAUGGAUAUAUAGCUCAUUACGACGAAAUUUUCAGCCUGAAGGGUGUGGCAGCAAAAUCUGAUGUAUUUCACUUAAUUACUGGAAUGUGGACAACUCCAGCUGAACGAUGCUUCCUUUGGAUGGGUGGUUUUAGGCCAUCUGAACUGAUCAAGAUGUUGAUUGGACAAUUGGACCCUUUAACAGAGCAGCAACUUAUGGGAAUUUACAGCCUCCAGCAAUCUUCCCAACAAGCAGAGGAUGCCCUUUCCCAGGGAUUGGAACAAUUGCAACAAUCUUUAAUUGAUACUGUUGCAAGUGGUUCUAUCAAUGAUGGGAUGCAUCAUAUGGCUCUUGCAUUAGGCAAGCUUUCCAAUCUUGAAGGAUUUGUUCGUCAGGCCGAUAAUUUGAGACAACAAACAUUGCAUCAGUUACACAGAAUAUUGACAGUUAGGCAAGCAGCGCGAUGUUUCUUGGUGAUUGGGGAGUAUUAUGGUCGUUUACGAGCCCUAAGUUCUCUAUGGUUAUCUCGUCCACGAGAGACACUGAUCGCAGAUGAUAGUUCUUGUCAAACAACAACGGAGUUACAAAUGGUACAUUCCUCUCAGAACCACUACUUCUCAAAUUUCUGAUCAUAUUACUCUUGAUGAUGAUCAAAUUGUAUUUCUGAGAGCUACGUACUUAGAUGAGUAAGAUUUUUUUUCUUUUCAUUUA